CCAUUAAGUUUCUGUGUUGUUAUAUAAAUACUGGAAAAUGUGUGCUUGUAUCUAAGAACAUUUGGGAAUUCAAGAUGAUGCCCUGGCUUUCACUGUGAAACCAAAGCCACUGCUGAUGUUUGUGGUUUCAAUGUCUCGGACUCUUUAAAGGGGAGGAACUUUUCAGGAAUAACUUGUACUGCCCAGAGAUGAACAUCAGUGAUGAAAGCUCUCAGUCUGGAUCCCCAGACUCUCUCCCAGUUUUGCUUGUGAAGAUGAGUCAAUUUAUACUAAAUGCAAACAAACUUAGACUUUCUUAUGCCCUUGACAAAUUCUCAUGAUUGAUGUCCGCAACUGAGUCAAUGUGUUUAAUGACUGGGAACUCCGGCACAUGGAAACCUUCUGAGGUACAGGAAGAUAAUAAUAUUUCAAAAGGAUAGUAUUUGCAAAUGUCCAGAGUUUUUGUUGUGGGCAAAUCAUAUUGCCUCAAAUGGGAAAGUACUGUAUCUGGUACAUUUUGCAACUUUUCCCUUUUUGCAACACUUACACAGAACAUUUUAAUGUCCUUGGGUUUUUUCCAUUUCUCAAAAGGAACAUUCCUGAUGACUUUUCUCAGCUACGUAAUAUUAUUCUUAUUCUUAUUCUUAUUCUUAUUCUUAUUCUUAUUCUUAUUCUUAUUCUUAUUCUUAUUCUUAUUCUUAUUUCUUUUUUCCCUCAGGAAGAAUGUCUUUGGAGAACAUCGACGUGCCUGUCCACCCGCCCGACGUUCAGUAAAUCCUUGACCGCGGCAGAUGCUACGAGGCCGCGGUGCGGGGAGAUGUCCGUGUAGGGCCGGCCGCGGGGCAGGACCGGGAGCAGCAGCGGGGCGGGCCGGGGAGGGGCGUUGGAAGCACCGCCACCUGCCCGGCGGGGCCGGGCCGCCCUCGGGCUAUUUAGCGGAGCGUUGGGUGCAGGUGCCGCUCGCAGCCGCGGUUGGCAACGGGCUCGGACGCCAUGAAGGGCGGUGGCAUCGAGAACCCGGCGUUCGAGACGCCCUGCUCCGACUUCGGCCGUCGGUGCCACGCGGGCCCCGCCAGGGCCGGCGCCGCCGCCGCGGCUCCCGCCGGGCCCGGCCCUUGCCCCGAGGAGGGGCCCUGCGGGUGGGGUCCCUGCGCCCCCAGAGCUCUGCAGCUCUGCAACAAUUCCGAGGGGUACUUGGCUGCCUACAGCCUGUUGGCCAUCCUCCAAGGUAUUGUGGUAAAUGGCCUGAUUAACAUUAGUAUUUCAACAAUUGAGAAGCGUUAUGAGUUGAACAGUUCCCUCACUGGCUUAAUCUCUGCAAGUUAUGACAUUGCUUUUUGUUUAUUGUCACUGUUUGUAUCUUACUUUGGAGAAAGAGGGCACAAGCCACGAUGGCUUGCUUUCUCAGCAUUUAUGCUAGGACUGGGCUCACUUGUAUUUUCCUUACCACACUUCAGCAGUGGAAAAUACCAAUAUGGAGGUAAAAUUGAAGACACAUGUCAAACUGCAGCAACCACCUUUGCUAAUGCCACUUGCAGUGCCAGCAAAACCUCUUCACUUCGCAAGUAUAUGUAUGUCUUUAUCCUUGGACAGCUGCUGCUGGGAGUUGGAGGAACUCCUCUAUAUACUUUAGGGACAGCUUUUAUUGAUGAUAGUGUCCCAAAACACAAGUCUUCCCUUUAUAUAGGAGUUGGCUAUGCCAUGUCUCUGCUGGGUCCUGCUAUUGGCUAUGUCUUAGGAGGACAGCUGCUUAAAGUUUAUAUUGAUAUCCAGAUCCCCAAAAGUACAAAGGUGGAUCAAGAUGACCCACGCUGGCUUGGAGCAUGGUGGAUAGGAUUUCUUGCAUGCUUUUUUGCAAUUUGGCUUCUUAUAAUACCCUUCUCGUGCUUUCCAAGGCACCUACCAGGAACUGCAAAAAUUCAGGCUGAAAAAAUCUCAGAAACUCAUGAUGAUGGAGGUCAGGUACUGGUACAGACCAACAAUAUUGGACAAAGUUUUAAAGACUUUCCUAUGGCUCUCCUGAUUCUCUUGAGGAAUCCAGUGCUUAUGAGUCUAAUAAUAGCCAGUUCCUCAGAAGCUUUAGUUGCCACUGGAUUUGCCACAUUUCUACCGAAGUUUAUAGAAAAUCAAUUUGGAAAGUCAUCAAGUUUUUCAGCAACGCUUGGAGGACUUGUACUAAUUCCAGGAGCAGCGCUAGGCCAAGUCAUAAGUGGUGUCUUGGUUUCCAAGUGCAAAAUGGAUUGCAAAGGCAUAAUCAAGUUCAUGAUAAGCACCUGUUCAGUGGCCUUAAUAUUAAACACAGUAUUUUUAUUUGCUAAAUGUGGGAAUGAACCUUUUGCAGGUGUCUCUGAAACAUAUAAUGGAACAGGCACUCUAUAUAACUUAACAGCACCAUGCAAUGCUAACUGCAGGUGUUUACGCUCCAUAUACUACCCAGUUUGUGGCAGUGAUGAAGUCCAGUACUUUUCUCCCUGUUUUGCGGGAUGUGCCUCAUAUCUUUUUAACAACAUGAAAAAGACAUACCACAACUGUUCCUGUAUUGGGAAACCAAAAAGAGGAAAUGGUUCAGAAGACUUUAUCUAUGAAGCUGUCCCUGGGAAAUGUCCAACACAAUGCAAAUUUUUACCUUUAUUCCUGACCUUCUUCUUUUUUGCUGUUGUUUUUACAUUUAUGGCUACUACUCCAACAACUGUGGCCAUUCUCAGGUGUGUGCCAGAUAAACAGCGCUCAUUUGCUCUUGGAGUACAGUUAGUGUUUCUGCGACUACUGGGUACUAUUCCUGGACCAAUUUUGUUUGGUGUUGCUAUAGACAACAGUUGUACUCUGUGGGAUAUUAAUGAAUGUGAAACUAAAGGAGUUUGCUGGGUGUAUGACAAUGAAAGAAUGGCUUAUUUGCUGAUGGGCAUAAGUGCUGUUUGCAAAAUCGUCACAAUCAUCUUUGUGGUCAUGGCAGUGUAUUUCUACAAGCCUCCACCAUUAACUAAAGCCCUGCCACGAAAGACUUCAGAAAAGAUAUCUGUUAUACACACAUAAAUUAUGGGCAAAUCAGAGACUUCUGAAAGAAAACUAUAAAAAUAAGCAUUAUUACAAUACUUGUACCAAAGUUCUUGUACACUGUUGCCUAAAUACAAAAGAUCAUAUUCAAUGUUUGAACAACUUGAAAUAUUUUGAAUCUGUAGUAUUCUCUGAUUUGCUAAACAUUGUUUAGUAUUCCAUUGUGGCUAUCCAAAGAAGUUACACUGAAAUUUGCAGUCUAAUUUUAAAAGUCUAGUAUGUAACUUAAUUGAAAUAAGAUGGAAUAUUCUGAUCAUAAAACAGGAAAAAUAAACUGAACUGAUAUGAGCUGUUUAUCCCUAAAUAUUACUGUAGUGGGAGAAAACAAGUAACUUGGUAUAUUGAAGGGAAGUGUGUAUGUUUAAAAAGGAUUUAAUGUGCACAUAAUCUGGGCUAGUGCCUUUGGGGAUUUUUCUGUAGGAACACUUGGGAAUGUGUAAGUAUGACUGUUUUAGAAAUAUUUUUACAUGUUAUCUUAAUGACAUAAGUUCAUAUUUUAGUAUUUGCAGGAAAAUGUUAAUAGUUAUGAUAGAAUAGCUGGGUUGCAAAAUCAAAGUAUUUGUUAAUUUAAAUACUUGAGCUUCUAUCUGGAACAUAUACAGAAACUUGCUGUCCAGGUGCUUUAUUUAAACAUUCUAAAAAUGUUUCUAUAAAAUUUUAAAAUAAAACCUAUUUUCUUACUGCA